AUGACUGCAGUCGCAAAUCCACAAACCUUCUCCGCGUCAAGACCAGCAUGGGGUCCGAUUAACGGGAACCAUCAAAUGAAUUCGGAAGAAGGUCGAGGUGGCAUUGGCAUGUUCGCGCCCCGCAAGACCCUUACUCGAUCCAACUCAUCGUCAUCUGUUUCUUCGACGUCUUCGAACUCUUCUGCUACCACAGUUGCCUCGAACGGUUCCCACGCUAAUGGCGGCACUCCAUUGUCUUCAACUUCAGAUUUGACCCAAUGGUCGGCUAACGGCGCACCUCGAAAACGGCCCCAACCGAAAGCCCCCUGGCCGCCAGGAAAAGGGGAAUUUCAACAACAGGACAUGUCUAGACUGCCCGCUGGCAGAGGUCAAGGCAUGAUUACGGCCCAUGGGCCUGUACAGGCCGGCCCUGGCCAGGUUCAGAUGACGUCUCAAGGAAUGAUGCGGCCCAUGAGUGCCGAACAAGUUCCUCCUGGCCAACCGGUUCUAUAUCUAUUAUCACUCAACGGUACCUUUGAACGGAAAACAAUCGCUGUGCCUUUUGCCCCCGAAAGCCUCCGUAUAGGCCGACAAACCAACCAAAAGACCAUCCCGACCCCAACCAACGGUUUCUUCGACAGUAAAGUGCUGUCCAGACAACACGCUGAAAUUUACGCGGAACGCAAUGGCAAAAUUUAUAUACGAGAUGUUAAGUCCUCGAACGGAACCUUUGUCAACGGUACUCGUCUAUCACAGGAAAAUCGCGAAUCCGAGCCGCAUGAACUGCAGACUUCCGAUCAUCUUGAGCUUGGCAUCGACAUUGUCAGCGAAGAUCAGAAAACCGUCGUCCACCACAAGGUGGCUGCCAAGGUUGAGCAUGCAGGCUUUCUUAGCGCGUCGAGCAAUGUCAUGGAUAUGAACUUCGGCGACCUCGACCCAGCUAAUGGCGCUAUGAUGAUGCCUUCAGGCCCCAUGCAGCUGCGAGGCCGCACUAACAGUAAUGCGUCUAUGGCCAGCAACGGUCGGAUGAUGCCCAACGGCGCUGGUGUUGUGAACAUGCAAGUCAACGGAAUGGCACAACAAAGGCCUUUCUUUCUUACCCCUGUUGCUACUGAUCAAAUAUUAAAACGGCUUGCGAACGAAAUGCGCAAUGCUCGACUUCAAGCACAGGAUCUGGGCCGCACUAAUCAGUUCGUCCACACACUGUUGUCCAAAGACGACCUCAAGGACCUCGAAAAGCCCGAAGGCCUUGAACCCCCUAAACCUCAAUCCAUGGUAAAUGGGAUGGGGACGCCAUUCCGUGCCGACCCCAAAGCACGGUUCUCUGAUCCUCCUGCCCCCCCUCCUCAGCAGCCUCUUCCCGAGAAGCCUGACGUGCCUUCACUUAAGCGUGGCCCAACUGAGCGACCGAAGUCUGGUCCUCCUAACUCACCUGUCCGGCCUGAUAAUCUCAGCCAGAUUGUUCAACUUACCGAGGCUCUCAACAACGCUAAGCGAGAUAUCGACUCACAAACAGCACGGAUGCGAGAAUUGGAAGAAAUGCUACAGAAGGAGAGGAGUGCACGAGAGGAAGCAGAAGAGCUCGCCAAGCGAUUGGAAGAGUCCGCGACCGUACAUAUGAAUGGGUCAGCUGUAUCUGGAAGCGCGGCUUCGGAAGAGGUGUCUGAAGCCACAGAAGACAAGGCUGUCCCUGAAGCCCCUGAAGCAAAUGCUGAUGAUGAGGCCCCUGCUGUCCCUGCUGUCGAUGCUGCACAAGAGACAGCUGCUGCUCUUCAAAGUCGAAUUGACAUUGUGGAGAGUCAGAUGCGGGAUAUGAAGGAGCAGAUGGAAGAGUGGAAGCAACGUUGUGAGACUGUAGAGUCAGAGAGAGAUGCUGACAGGAAGACGCUCGCCGAGAUGGUCGUUCAGCUCCGCGCCGAGGAAGCACUUCGAGAAGCGGCUGAGAAGAAAGCUCGAUCGAGGUCGAGGAAGCGAGACGCUGAUGCCGAUGGUGCUGUCGUUGGUGAGACUAACGCUGAUUCUGAGGUUCCUAAAAGCGCCACUGGAGAAGCAGAGGUCGCUACUGCUGAUGAAGCUUUGGACGCACCGACUUUGUCUCGGGCCAGCACGAUCACACCAGCAACCCAAAAGGGUGGCGUGCGUGGGCAGGACCAGCGCCUCCAAGCCGCACUGCCUUAUGCCUCAAUGCUUGGCGUUGUACUAUUUGGCAUGGGGUUGAUGGCAUAUAUCAAUGGAUGGCAGGCCGAGCCGCCCCGUCCUGAGCAAUGA